AUGAUGAAGGAGAUGGAACAGGACCCAGAGACUGCGAUUACCAAGCAGUUGUUCGGGGGUACAGACCCAAACUGGCGGAGCUCUGCCCACUGGUGCCUGGAAUGCGGCAAAAGCUUCGGCCUGAAAUCUGAGCUGGAAAUUCACCAAUCCAAGCACACCGGGCAGAAUUCCUACAUCUGUGGCGACUGCGGGCGGAGCUUCAUGGAGCACAUGGCGCUGUCAGGGCAGGGCGCUUGUGCCGCAGGGCACCCCUUCACCCCUUCCGGGAGCCGGAGGAAGGGGCCAUCCCUGCCCGGCGAAGCUGUGGUUCAACGCAAAGAGCGUAAGGAACUGUCUCUGCAGGAGAAAGUCCGUGUUCUGGAGAUGCUCGAAGGGCCCAAGGUCUCGCAGAGUGAACUGGCCAAGCGAUUCGGGGUAUCCCAGCCCCAAAUUUGCCGUAUCAUCAAGAACAAAGAACGCAUCCUGACCGAAUGGGGGAAAAACGCCAACCCGUGUCGGAAACGGAAGCUUGAAGACAAAAGUCCCGCCGUUGGCGACCGAGCGUUCUUGCAGUGGUUUGAACGAAGUUGUGGACACCAAUUCUCCACUGAGGGAAACUUUGGCAAGAGAAAGUCACCUUCGCAGGAGGGGAACCAGCUCCCUGGCCAAGCCAAAAAUUGUCCCCGGAGGCCCCUCCCGGAGAAAUGGAGCCGGGAACUUCUGGAAGAAGAGGACGAUGAAGACGAGAGUCGCUGGGAAAGUACCACACUGCCCUGUAUCCUCAGCCACUACGACCUUCCCAAUGUCUACGCUUGCGGAGAGACGGGGGUGCUCUUUAGAGCGACCCCCGAAGAUCUGGCGGCCAGAGGCAGUGAAGCCCACGACCAGCUGACCGUCUUGCUCUGCGCCAACAUGGAUGGCUCGGAUAAAAAGGAUGUGUUGAUCGUGGGCAAGGCUGCACGGCCGUUUGGUGGGCUUCGGGGAUUGUCUUCUGCAACCUACAAGACGAACAGUAGGGCCUGGAUGACCCCCGCCAUCUUUUCCGAGUGGCUUCAGAAGUUCAACGAGGAGAUGAAGCAGCAGGAGAGGCGGGUGGCGCUCUUCGUCACACAGUGCAGCGUCCAUCCCUACGCCGAGCUCUCCAACGUCCAGAUGGUCUUCAUGCCUCCUCACCUCACCUGGCUGCCUCCUCUGGAGCAAGGGGUCGUCCAGAAUUUUAAGUGCCACUCGAGAAGAAUGUUGACCCAUCUCAUGGUCAAGGACAACGGCAAAGUCUCCAGCUCCACCAGCAAAGUGUCCAGGUUCCUCACCCUUCUGGAUGCCUUCCACCUGUUGGUACAAGCCUGGUCGGAGGUGUGUCCUCAAACUAUAGCGAAUUCUUUCAAAGCGGCUGGCUUUAGCGCAAAUCCCCGCCUGCUGACCCCUCCGUUGGAAGUGGUCCAAGCCUUGGGCUGCAAGGAUCAAGACCAGUUUGAACAGUUGCUGAUGGACGAAGGGCUGGAGUGUUUUGGAGACCAGGAGAGUGCGGAAGCAGCAAAGGAGGCCCCUCAACCCCAAGAGCCCGUCUUGGCGAGAGCAGAAGGCGAAGAGGAGAAGGAGGAAUCGGCCCUCUUCGCCUGUCCCUCCAAGACCGACGUCGUGGACAGCUUGGCGAAGCUGCGGCGCUACUUGGAGUGCCACUCGGUGUCGCCCAACACCUUCCAGACGUUCUAUACCAGCUGGAGGACCUGAUCCAUGUCCUGGCUCUGUCCGACAUGCAGUUAGUCAGGGGCAAACCCUGCCAAGACUGACUCCCAAAGUAGACCUCGAACCCACGGAGCACUCUGGAUCCUGAAACGGGUGUCCAGGAAUCCCCCAAGGCGUGUGCUUUUGGGGGUUUCUGGACAUCCUGUAGAGUCUCCACCACGUAGUUUUUGGCAUGUAGUAUGAAGUGAGAUCCUGCCGUUUUCCUCCUGAGAGUUAACACCCUGCAGAGAACAACUGCAGAGUAGCAGGUUUCUAGCAAGAAACGAGGGGGAGAACAAUGAUUUCUGGACUUAACUGCCCACCCACCUUCUUGCAGAGAAUCUAAGGAGGUGGCGGUGGACAGCUGGGGCCUUCCUUUCGACCCAUCCUGGCUUCUGUUUACCCACCAAGGUGAUUUUGUUCUGUGUAUCCAAUUGUGGUUUCUAGACCACGGCCCCUGGCCAAUAGUGGUUAACAGCAGAUUUGAGAAUGUAGAAAUGUGUGGAUAGCUGAAAGGCCUGGGGAUUCCCGGGAAGGGGCACACCCACACAUACAUAUGCGAGUCACUCCCCUGCGACAAAUGCGAAGGGCGACCUCUGCACCCCUCGUACAAGGGGCUCAAGGCCUCUUCCUGACUUGUACGGGCACCGUACAUCAAAGAUGUGACAUCGGUCCUUCAGCCUAUACAGGCGACGUACCCCUGAAGAGAAGGGGUGCCAUGAUCGACGAUGUUGGGGGGACUUAAGGCUUACCAGUUGGGGAAAAGGGAUGUUAGGGGUCAGAGGGCCUGAACGGAAGGUCUUCUUCUAACGUCCUGAAGGACACAGUGACCAGACUUAGGACGACACCGCACAGCAAAUCGGCGUGACGGAGGUCGCUUAGUGCCAGGAUGCAGCACCUGAAGCCGUCGCUCUUCUCUGGGGAGCGUCUGCGGAACCUCAGCCUUGGGGUAGUGUUCCGUCUGAAGCCCUCCUUGUCCAGCACCACCCCGUGGAAGAGCUCUCCUUGGAGAAGACCGCUGGAUGAAGCCCAGAAGCUACAUUAGGGCAACAGCGGCGCUGAGAGGGAAAAGCUUUGGAAUUUCCCAGAACUCCCCUGCUUUUGGAGAAUAAGAGGCAGGGGUGUAGAGGCUUGGAGCCCCUGGGCCCUCUCGGCCUGGGCGCCUGGAGGACUCUGACUUUACAGAUGGAAAUGGUUCUUCUGACUGGAUGCCAAUAAAGUGUUCAAAGACUGA